AUGGCUGCCAUUCGUUUUCGUGGGACGCAAGCACUAACAAACUACCCGCUUCGUCACUACGAUAAGCCUCAACUACACUUCCUUGCUUCUCACUCUAAGGUCCGGAUCAUAGACAUUCUCCGGAACCAAACAUAUGAAGAAGAACUCACUCGUUUCAUGCGAUCACGCACUAAGGCCAUCCGCGCAAGGCGGAUGGCCCCGGACUUUGAGCAGAACUUAGUAGCUCGUGAGCGGUUGUUUGAGAAGGUUUUAACACCAAGCGAUGUAGGGAGGCUCCAUCGCUUGGUGAUCCCUAAGCACUAUGCUAGGUGUUACCUUCCCGUGAUUGUCGACAUCCGAGGGAUAAUGUUGAGUUUUGAGGAUGAAAGAAGAGAGAAAAUAUGGAGGUUUAAGUGUUGUUACUGGAAAAGUAGUCAGAAUUAUGUGUUAACUAAAGGGUGGGGGGAGUUUGUUAGAGAUAAGGGUUUGAGACCUGGUGAUAGUGUUGUUUUUUAUACUACAUUAGUGGGUUCUGAUUUACGGUUUUCCAUUGAUACCAUGUUUAAGCAGCAUGAUGUUGAAGAGAUUAGUGAUAGUGGUAAUGGUAGUAAUGGUGAUCAUGAGGUGGAAUUAGUAUUCAGGUCCAAGUUUCUGAGGUUAUUUGGAGUUGAUAUCUGUCCAUUCAUACCAACUAGUAUUAGUAGCAGUUGGUGUGAUGGAAAAGGCCAAAGGAUUACCUCCUCUGUUUUUUUAUAA